AACGAAAGAAAGCGGGAACUUUAGUCCUACAUGUUGUUUCCAGUCGGACAGUUGAGGGGCAACGACCGUAAGCGUGUUGUGUACAGCGCACAUGCUGUGUUUGAUCAUUCUAACGUUAACAGUAUUUUCACGGUUAACGCGCGUCACUGACGGUUGUUUGUGUUUUAAUACGCGCUCUUUCGUCACUGGCCCGCCGCCAUGAAGAUUAAGCGGCAGAAACAAGCCAAGAAGACGAUCAGUUUCUACAAAUACAACUUCGGCUUCAGGGAACCCUUCCAAAUCCUCAUCGAUGGAACUUUCUGUCAAGCGGCCUUGAAGAACAAGAUUCAGAUCAAAGAGCAGAUGCCCAAAUACCUAAUGGGAGAGGUGCAGUUGUGCACCACCAGCUGUGCGCUGAAGGAGCUCGAGACGCUUGGAAAACAGCUGUACGGGGCCAAGAUCAUCCUGCAGAGGUUUCAGGUCAGGAAGUGUCCGCAUUUCAAGGAGCCGGUCUCAGCAUCAGAGUGUCUGCUGUCCAUGCUGGAAGAGACCAACUCGCACCACUACUUCGUUGCCACACAGGACCACACAGUCACCACGGGGCUGAAGAAAAUUCCAGGAGUUCCUCUGCUUUACAUCAUCCUCAACACCAUUGUGCUGGACAAGCCCAGCCAGGCGUCCCUCGACCACGUCCAGGCCGUCCAGCUGGGAGAGCUGGUCAGCCCGGCCCAGCAACAGAGUAUCCGGACCCUGAAGGAGGAGCAGGGAAUUGGCCAGAAGGACGGAGAAAGGCGUGGGAAGAAGAGGAAGAGGAAACAGUCCAACCCCAACCCGCUGAGCUGCCUGAAGAAAAAGAAGAAAGGAGUCCCGACACCUCCGCUGAAGAAGACAGAGCAGGAGGGGAAGAGGAAGAGAAGCCGACACAAGAAACGAAAAGUGGAGGCAGGAGAUGGCACAGCUGCCCCAGCAGCUGCUAAUACAUAAAACAGCAGGAAGACAGAGACUUCAACCUUUUCCAUUCACCUGAUUUAUAGGUUUACUUUUUGAUAUGACUGCAGAGGAAAAGAAACGUUUAUUACAUAAUAUUUUAAAAAUGCCAUUUUGUAGUGUUAUUUGUUUUAUUUUGAAAAACCUUACAGGUAAGGGAAUGAAACUUUUCUCAGACAACAUCUUUAUGAUUUCUUUUAUACAAAAUCAAAAAAGCAGGUUUCGUUACAGGCACAUAGUUUAAAAUAUAAGAUGCACUCAGACAUUAAACAGUUUACCCUUUUUCUUUUUUUUAGAUGGAAGGGGAUAUCAAAAACAAUGCAUUUAGCUGUCUUUGGACACACUAACUUGUUUCCACUGUUGAUAUUUCGUGCAGAUUAAAUUUAAGCUGCAGUAUUUUCUCAUACCACGAUGACUUACAGCAACAAAAGUCCAUCCAGUUUCCAUCUGAUCCUGUCAUCCAGCCAUUCUAGAGAUUAAUAAUGAAAUCUGCUUUUAAAUGAAAAAACAAUUCAUUCUCUUUAGCUGCUAUACAGCAAUACAACAAUAAAUUAAUACUAUCAAAAGUGACACAGAGCACAACAACUUAAUUGUCUUAAUAAACAAGACAGUGCAUCACUGUAUCCAUAUACAAUAAGGACACUGAGUAAAGUGAAUCUCACCUCAAGUUAUUUUAAGGAUUUGAAAAAAAGUAACAUGGCAAUGAAAAGAAAUUUCACACAAAUUGGACUUGAUUCAAAUAUUUCAGGAUAGCAUGCAAGUAUAGCAGACCACUCAUGUUUUUAUCUAUAGGCUGAGGUCCCGAAGCUAGGUUUUAUUAAACUGUGUCCCAAAUCCACAGCACAUAGUAACAAGGUCCAAGACAACGUGAUGAAAAGUCUCAAUAUUUCAUAUUUUAUACUAACAGGCAAUGAUGGAGAAAACUUAAUUCCUUACAAGUUUAGAGAGGAAGCAGCAGGAGUUGUUAAAGGUGUUCCCAGAACUGUUUUAUCAGAAUUUUAAAUCUGAAUCAGGAAAAGUAUGCAUAAUCACGAUGCACUGAAAAAAAAAAAGGUGAUUUUACCCCUUAA